UCAAUUGUGAAGACUAUGGAUAGAGUUUACAAUUUUGUUAGUACUUCAGAUAAUCAUUGUUUGGCUACAGUUGGCUUCAAGAGGACGCUUAAUCAGGAAGCUGGUGUUGAAAUUGAUCCUUUAGGGGACCUGAACACAGAAUCAGAGAGAAAGCUUGGCCAGCUUGUUUUGGAGAAGUAUGGGACUGAGUUCUAUAUACUCCAUCGCUAUCCGUUGGCUGUCCGACCAUUCUAUACCAUGCCUUGCAGUGAUGAUCCAGCUUAUAGUAAUUCAUUUGAUGUCUUCAUUCGAGGGGAGGAGAUAAUCUCUGGAGCUCAACGUGUCCACGUACCCGAAUUCUUGGCAACACGUGCAGAAGCCGGUGGAAUUGAUGUCAAAACUAUAUCAACAUAUAUUGAUUCUUUUGGGUAUUUCUUCAUUGACCAUUUUGUCGUAUAUUCAUUUGAGUUUUUUAGUUGCUUUAUACUUAAAAAGUUAAAACAAGUUGCCCUACCACUCACCCACAGCCAAGAAAAGGGGUGGGGGUGGGGAAUACCUCCCCCUCACUUAAGAAGAAAAUAUUAAUGUGUGUCAAUUAUA